AAAGGCAAGACUAAUUAAAGCAUCCGAGAGAAAGAGAGUUGGAUGCUAUGUCCAUCUCUCCAUGCGGCCCAAACAAAGCAAAGAUGCAUAAAACUAGUAGCUGCGUUACUUCCUCACUAAGAGGCAUCGCUGCUAUCGUUGGGGUCGGCCCCAAGCUCGGCCGCUCCAUUGCCCGCAAGUUUUCCCACCAAGGCUACACCGUCGCCAUCCUCGCCCGAGACCUAGAUAAACUGUCGAGAUUUGCGGACGAGAUAGCAAGAGAAGAAAAGGCUCAGGUGUUCGCCAUCCGCAUCGACUGCUCCGACUCUCGAAGCAUUCGGGAGGCAUUCGAGGGGGUUCUAUCUCUUGGUUUCGUCGAAGUUCUGGUUUACAACGCAUUCCAGCCCGAUUCAUGGCAUCCCACCAGCUUCACCGAUAUCCCCAUCCAAUCAUUCAAGAAAUCCCUCGCCGUCUGUACCGUCGGCGCUUUUCACUGCGCCCAACAGGUUCUGCCGGGCAUGAUUGAAAGAGGGAAGGGAACUAUCCUCUUCAGUGGCUGCUCUGCUUCUGUCAGCGGUGCUGCUGGUUAUUCUGAAUUAAGCUGUGGGAAAUUCGCGCUGAGAGGUCUGGCGCAGUGCCUGGCGAGGGAGUUCCAUCCUUUGGGCAUCCAUGUGGCUCAUGUUAUCAUCGAUGGUGUCGUCGGCCUACCUAGAUCACCACCGACGCCUCAUGGUAAUACAUCUCUGGUUGGGAAGCAACAAUGCGGAGGAGGCGGGUCCAUGGAUCCGGACGCUUUGGCUCAGACGUACUGGCACUUGCACGUCCAGGACCGAGGUGCUUGGACCCAGGAGGUCGAUCUUCGAUCUCCAACUACAGAUAAUUCCGGGUAUCGUCCCACCUUCUAAGAUUCUCUCCUCUAUAUACAUAGAUCGAUUUCCUGACCCCCUCAAAGUUUAUAUAUAUAUAUAGUGCAAUAAUAAAUGGUGUGGUGCCGCUUCUGCUUAAUUAUAUGCGUAAAUGGCGUGUUAAAGAAUUUAAAAUUCUGAAGUGUAGUGCAUUAUACUCUCGUUAAUGAAAGAUUUCAAUUAGUAUAAAGCUUCCACUUGUAA